GAGCUGAUGGACAUCGUGUUCGACCAAAGGUUUGCCGUCGUGGGCGAAGAGCUCCCGGUCACCUUGGGUUUCGAGAACGUGAUUUUCGUCAUGGAAGACGUAGAUGCCGCUUCUCCCAUCGUGAAGUCCAGGGAGCGUUCCAAGCGGAAGAAGCGGGGAACCAAGACCACGGUCAAGGUUACGCAGCAGGUGACUACACCGCACCCUGGUCACCACGAAGAAGCCCGUCAAGGCUCCUGCUGCUGCUGCAGCUGCUGCUGCUGCUGCUGCUGCUGCUGAAGGCCCAACGACAGCCGAGCCCAAGAGCUCAACGUCGGAGACACCAGGGGAUGAAAAGAACCCUGCAGCUGUUGCUGCUGACGCGACUGCCACACCUGCCGCCAACACGCUGGCGUUGUCGCGGCCUGUGAUGCUCCAGAGGUCCGUCUCUCAGCCAACUGAACGCGAGAAGAACAGCAUGGCCACUUCGACCCGCAAGGUCACGCUGUUCGAGCGGUGCACCACCACGACGAUGGAGAGCUUGCACAGCAGCUCAAGCAACGAGGACAUCGUUGGCGACCACCCUUCGAAAGCAGCGGGCGCCUGCCCUGGCAGCAACAAGAGUGGCGGUGCGCGAAAGGAAGACGAUGGAGACAGGGAAGCGGCUUGCGACAGCGACAGCUCUUCUUGCAGCGGCUCGUCGUCUUCGGGCGAUUCUAGCGACGACAGGGGCGUGUGCGGGCCUCUUCGACAAACGGGCGGUGACAGUGACGACGAGGACGAGGCGAUGAUGCUGGCCCUGGCCAGGAGCCUCGGGGAUGACUCGAAGAAGAAGACCAAGCCGAAGAAGAGCAAGGCGAAGAGCAAGUUUGCCAGCAAGUCCGACAAGCUCGACCUCGCGGCAGGCAACGCCCUCCCUGCUCACAAAACGUCUUCUGGAGCAUCGCUAAGAGAGUAG